ACCUACUAGCCACAGUUUAUUUAUUCUUUUUUUGACUUUCUUGUUCUGAAUGGGUUCUCUACUUUUUCGCCCCAAAAGAUAUUAGGAUUGUAAUAAUCCAGUAAUUCAGUAAAAGAAUCGUCUUUUCGAGAAUUGAUGUGCUCCGAGAGAAAUUAAUGGAUCAGUGUUUAAAGCGUUUUUUCGGUACAGGGAACAAGGGGAAUUAUUGGUGAAGCUUCUGGAGAGAAGCAUCAGAGCUAAACAGUCUGGCCGACACUGCAGUGAAGUCAUCUUCCCGGGCUAGGGUUGGAGCCAGGAAACCAAAUCUUGAAAUCUCACUACUUGGUUGCAUUCAUUCGUGUUCGUGCUUGUCAAUUUGGUCCCCAUCGCUCCUUUGGCGCUUGCCUGUUGAUUACGGCUAAUUUUGGCUAAAUCUUGGCUGUAAUCUGGUUUAAUUUUGCGUUGGGGUUCAGUGAUGUGAACUGGUUAUUGAAUUCUGAUUCAAUUCUGUGCGGUAGAGGAGUAGCCAUUAUAUUGAAUUUUGUGUUUUUCUGGAGUUGUGAGUUCAUCUUCAUCAUCAUAGAAAUGGCAGUCUGCAGCAGUUUCCUCUGUGGUCUUGGUAGGGGGAAGAAGGAUAAGGGUGAUAAGAAGUCAUUGAAAAGAGAUGAUGUGCUUGAAGAAGGUGAUGUUCCAGGGAAAUUGUCCAAAAAGGAUGAGUUGAAAUCGACUUCUGUGAUUGUUCCGGUGUCUUUUGGUAUCUCUGGGAGUUCGGAGAGCAAGGUAGUGAGUCAUGAAAGUCCCGUGAAAGGGGAGGCGGAAGAGGUAGCGUAUGAAGGGGAAGAUGAGCAUGAUGAGAGCUUGUCGAUGAAGAGGGACAACUCCGAUUUUGAUCUUCAAGCUCAUUUUGAUUGUCGGGGUACUGAUAAAGAGGUGCAGUUUUUGAAAUCGUUUGAUAGUGAUAUGAAUGAGGAAACCAAGAAGAUGUUUGAGGAAGAUGCUGCUGAGGGUGUUCAGUUUAUGAAAAGCGGAAACAUUAGUGAUCCGGGUGUGGGUAAGAUUGAGGAUUGGGCGUCCCCGAAGCUUAUGCGCUCGUGUUCUGAUUUGGCAACUAAGGACUCGUUCAAGAGAAUUGCGGAUCAACUGCUUCCUUCGAAGUCUCAUCAGUCAUUUGAUGAAAUCCGUAAAUUAGCUGGCAAACUGAGUGAGGAUGUGAUACCCCAAAGCCUGGGAAGUCCUGUUUCUGUGAUGACACAUGGCAGUGCUGAUAAAGUGCUGUUGAAGAAACAUUCUUCGAGCCAAGUCCUGCCCUCUGCUAGUCGAAAACUCUGGUGGAAACUCUUCCUCUGGAGCCACAGGAACCUUCACGUAGAAAGUGUCCCAAAACCGCAGGUUGUCCUAACAAAGCCUGCCCUUAACCAGCAAGGCGGUUACUCUUCGGACACUCUAGAACAAAGAAACAUCGAAUUGAGCAAGAUAGGAUCACCGGGUUCUUUCACCGGGGAAUCCUUGAACAUAGGCAAUAGUAACACAAACAAUCAGAGUUGGAAUGGCUUUCAUGGGGCGUCCGGUCUGUGGCCUCAGAAUCAGUGGGUUGCUUUCCCCGAAGAAUCUUCUUCGUUCUCUAGAGUUGACAUGUGGGUGAAAGAACUACCAGUGCAACCUCCAAUACUCAUCGAAAAAGAAGAUUACAUUGAAGAAGAUGUAAUCUUCCCCGCUUCACCUGAAAGAAGCUCAUCUCCAUUAUCUCCACUUCCUAAUGCUUCUGUUCCCGAGGAAGUUGCACAUGCUAACAGUGUGAUUCGAUCUCUGAACUCUUCGUCAACAGUGGCUCUUAUUGCUGGAACUGGGUUAAAAGUUAUUCCCAACAUGUCAGGCUUGUCAAGCCUUCGAUCUGUCAACUUAUCAGCCAAUUUUAUCGUUCAUAUAACUCCAGGGUCACUUCCAAAGGGUCUCCAUGUUCUCAACUUGUCAAGGAACAAGAUUGCCACAGUUGAAGGCCUUAGAGAGUUAACUCGAUUGCGUGUGCUUGAUCUUAGUUACAACAAAAUCUCUCGUAUUGGACAAGGUUUGUCAAAUUGUACAUUGAUCAAGGAACUAUAUCUUGCUGGGAACAAGAUAAGUGAUGUUGAAGGUCUGCAUAGGCUCUUGAAGUUAACUGUUCUGGAUGUGAGCUUCAACAAGAUAACAACAACAAAAGCGCUUGGACAGCUUGUAGCAAACUACAACUCUUUACAAGCUCUUAACCUGUUGGGUAAUCCCAUCCAGAGCAACAUAAGCGAUGAUCAAUUGCGCAAGACGGUUUGCAGUCUCCUGCCGAAGAUAGCUUUCCUGAACAAACAGCCCAUCAAUCCCCAGAAGGCGCGGGAAGUUGGCACAGAUGCUGUUGCAAAGGCAGCACUAGGCAGCGGCAGCAGGAGUAGCUACAGGAAAGGGGCAAAGAGAGUGAGCCAAGGGGGGGUUUCUUUGACUGCCAAUGCUCACAAGAGCACCGCUAGUGUUCACAAGAAUAAGCACAGGUCAAAAACCCGAACCCACCAUCACUCAAAGGUCAGGGCUUCUGAUGUUGCAUCGUCUUCUCGCUAGAUACUUCCAUAUUUAUAAGAAUAUAUAUGCACUCCCUGGAAACACUUUCUUUUUCUACUUUCCAAAAAUGAAGUUGAACUUCUGCUUGUUUACAAUUUCAUUGUGGAGGACUGUAAUGCCUGGUUUGCCUCUGCUUUUGGUUCAUUAUUAAAAGUGUUUGUACUAUUGGUUUUACUUGUUUUCUUACAAGUCCAUUUGGUUGAGAUUUUCCAGAAGUAUAUUUGAUCGCACCAAAAUUGACAGUGAA